AUGGCGCGGUGGUUGUCAUUCUUUGCAGAAUACAACUUUACGGUCGAGUACAAACCAGGACGACUUAAUGUCGUCGCUGAUGCACUCUCACGUCGUCCCGACUUUGAAACAGUCGCGAAACCCAACAGUGAGACAGUCACUGUUGCGGUUAUGACGUCCUCAGUUCCAUCUACAACGUUGUAUGAUGAUGUGAGGCGGGCAUACGCCCAAGAUGCCGUUUCUGGUGACACACCACGUGUUGUCAUUCCAGAUGAUACUGAUCUGCGUUUGCGGAUCAUGUUCGAGUAUCACGAUGCUCCUAUAGGAGGACAUCGUGGCCGAGAGAAAACAUAUCUCACGGUAAGUCGAGACUUUUACUGGCCCCGCCAGUAUCAGUUUGUGCGAAAGUAUGUUCGCGCAUGCGAAGUCUGCCAACGAGUGAAGUCAAGUCCUUCACUGCGUGCACCUUUACAGCCUCUACCGGUUCCGGCUGAGUGCUGGGAAUCCAUCUCAAUGGAUUUCGUCUUCGGGUUACCCAAAGACGCACGCGGGAAUACGGGUAUUCUCGUAUUUGUUGACAGACUCAGCAAAAUGGUACACCUUGUGGCUGUACCAGAGACAAUCACGGCAAGUGGCUGUGCUUGUGUCUUUAUUGACACCAUCUUCCGACUUCAUGGGUUGCCCCGUGAACUCGUAUCAGACAGAGAUCCACGAUUCACUGCUGAUUUCUGGCGUUCCGUGUUCAAAUCACUCGGAACGCGCUUGAAGAUGUCAACAUCUGAUCAUCCAGAGUCAGAUGGUCAGACGGAACGUGCCAAUCGUGUCCUUGAAGAGAUACUUCGAGGAUACGUACACUCCUUUAAGAGUUGGAGUGAGUUUUUGCCGAUGGUAGAGUUUGCCAUCAACAACUCGGUGCAUGCGUCCACGACACAUACACCGUUUUACGUGUAUGGCUUGCGCCAUCCGCGUGUACCCACCUUACUAGAGUGUAACUCUGGUUUAAGGGGGGGAGGGACUCGCGCGAGCAAAAACCGAUUUGGUUCACGCUCAUCACGCUCUGACGAAGAAGUCAUUGCGUUUGAUGCCGAUAUCGAUAACAUCAAUAUCGAAGAAGAUGAUGCCAGUGAGAGUGCGGAAGCCCUCACUGAAGACAAUGAUCCCAGUGAGAGUGCGGAAGCCCUCACUGAAGAAAAGGUUGUUGUCGCUGCAGUGCGCUCACAGCACACUGAAGCUAACGAGUCAUCAGAUGAGUUCAUACUGGCUCGUGAAACGGUAGUCCGUUUUGUGCAAGACUCCAUCGCCGAAGCGGUGACUUAG